GAGGCGCACUGGAUGUCAGUCUGGUGUGUAGUGGUGGUGUAUCUCGGAAUGAAAUUGUAACAGACAUAAUCGAAAGUUUGUCUCUCGUGAGUUAUUGCUGUAAAUUAACAGAAUGCCGGUGCGUGACAGGAUUUUUCGUGUUUUGAUAUUUCUAAAAUUGUGUUGUUUAGUAUGUUGCUAUAAAUCGGACAAUAUGAUCACUGAUGAGGGUAUUGUUACGCGCGAACAAAAUUCAAUAUUGAAACUUAAUAGAAGCAAUGGAAUUUCACCCAAUGUGGGUAACUUGCUGGAAGAGUGUGAGGACUACUGGGUUUGCUUUACAUAUAGAAUGUUAAAUAACAUAAGCGAUAUAAUGAAGACAAAUAAUUUUCAUUUGACAGAAAGCAUUUCCUUAAAUCGUAUACCGGUACACAGAAACAAAAUGGAGAAUGAAAUUAUGUCUGUUUACGACGAACAGAAAAAGUUAAUAGCAAGUGCAGGUAAAGGCUAUGGACAGCUGACGGCGGCCCUUAUAAACAGUACACUAAAACUUUUUAGAACACAUUUUUUAACGUGGAACGUACUACCUGGAGUGAGUCUUAGGGUUUUCCGAAACCUGGAACAUGAUGGUGCUUGGGACGCUGCAGUGGAACUUCAAGAAAGCAAACAAGGAAGUCGGACGUUCGGAGCACGACGUAGGAUUAUGAUGGCUCUACUGCCCAUGAUGUACAAGAUGGGAGUUAUGACAACAAUGCUUGGUGGCCUCAUAAUUCUGGCACUUAAGGGCCUCACAAUUGGUGUCAUUCUACUCCUGCUUGGAUUUGGAAACUUCUUCCAUAAAUUUAAGAGUCAGGGACCUCCUUGGUAUCCUCAUCACCCAACUGAUAUCCAUGUUCAUGUCCAUACAGAUGGACAUAAACAAGCAUAUAGUGGCUGGCACUAUGGCCCUGUGUCGGCAGAUCAUUCAGAAGUGUACGGAGAAUAACUUUCUUAUGUCAAAAAGUGAUGCCAUGUGAGUGACUUUAAACAAAGUUUGAAAAAAAAAAAAGUGUGUCUCGUGGAGGACUUAGGUUUUUCCUAGGAAAGAAACAUAUGCAUUAUCAGUUGACAAAUAUCAAGUAAGUCACGUGUACUUAUCAUAAAUGGACACCUUGAUACUGAUGUAUUCAUGUACAUUUUAUCAAUCUUAUGAGUGUUUGAUGAUUGACAUUUGUUUGAUGAUCAUGGAUUUUGUUUAAAAUAUAUUACAUCUGCAAUUUGAAUAUAAUUAAAUGUGACUGUGCAUAUGUGACUUCCAGCAUUUUACCUGUGGGUUUCAAGAGACAGGUUUUGUUGAAAAACAUUUAUACAGCAUUCAUUUACUAUCCACCUCAUAUUUGGUUGUCUUUCAGAGGUAAAUCUCUGUUUCUGAGGCAGUUGUUCAUACUAAUAAGGGGAGAAGUGCACUAUUUGUUUCAGCCAGGAGCUUAACACUGAAACUGCCAAGAGGAGCAUCUGUUGAAGGAACUGAAUAACAAAAAUAGUAUCCAAUAAAGAAAAAAACAUCUUUAAAAAGUCCUCAGAUACAUUGCCACUGUAGUUCUCUGUGGUAUUUCAUUUGUAUGUUUAUAUACACAUUGCAGUUAAGAAUGUGACAACCAGUAGUUUUGUGUGUAUGUACAUGUAAUUUAGAUGUUGCUUUGCAUGGUGCUGUAACUGGGAUUGUUGCAUUCAUCUUAUGCACACAAGAAACUGGUGUUGCUCUCGUACUGUAAACUACUUAAUAAGAUUGUCACAACUAAUUUUAUUUAAAUGUACUGUUCAUUUCUGAUAAGUUGUCUGUACUAGUCAUACUUGUAAGU